AGUUUAAGACAUGUAUCAAGAACUGAUAUACUGAUGAUGGUCUAAAAAGAGGCUUAGAAGGUAACUUCUAGCAUGCCCAGCAAUGACUCAGAUGCGGGAGGAUCGUCCGAAAGUGAGGUGAUAUUCGAGGAUAACGGCGACUACAUCGAAACAAAUCUCAUAACCGAGGAAGAUUUAAAGAGCUACAGACUUCAUGUAGCCACACAAGAGGGCUCAAAGGGGGCUCCCCUCAAUGAGGCUCUUCCUGCUAUCGAACUCGCGAAAAUUAUUUACAAGAGGAGGAAACUGAAGGAGGAUGCAAAGGAGGUUGAAGAACGAGAAAAUUCUAUCGAAAAGUUAAAAGACAAGUUGAAGAAAAAGAAAAAGAAAAAGAACAAGUCUAGAUCUAAAUCACCGAGCAGCAAAAAGGAUCGUCAAUACAGAGAAAAGAAAACCAACAGUAAAUCUCGGUCAAAGUCCCCAAAACUGGCAAAAAAAAUCAAGUCCAAGUCCAAAAGUCCCAAGCCAUUGAAACGCAUCAAAUCGAAAUCUAAAAGCAAAAGUCCGAAAAAGUCAAAACGCAGCAAGUCUAAGAGCCCAAAGAGGUCCUCAAGGCCACGUAAAAGUUCUCGCUCCAACAGUCGGUCCCGGAACAAAAGUAAAAGGAGAUCCCGAAGUAGGAAUCGGGAUAGUGGACACCGAUCCCAUAAUCGACGAAGAAGACGAAGUCGUUCUCGGAGUCGAGGAAGAUCACGUAGACACCGCAAAAAAUUGUGGGAAAGCAAGUCCAAAUCGAGAUCGAGAUCGGAUUCAAGAGAUAAAGAUGACUACGUGAGGAAAUGUAAGUCAAUACAGGAUGGUCCUGACUUGCCAGUGUCCAGGCCUGUAGACCGGAGGAAACGCAGACGGUCCCGGAGCAGAUCCCGACACAGAUCCAGCUCCUCCAGCGUGGAACGUCCUCCUCGCGGACUCCCUUCCUCCAGCUCUUACCUCGCCAUAGAGGGACCUGAGAUGGACAAAGCUUUAGUUACCCUGUACCCAUCAGCAACCCCCUCUCUAGCGGCUCCUACAUUGGAUAGGGUGAGGUUACCCCCCGUUCUAGCUCAACAGUUGUUCCCCGUCUCUUGUGGGUCCGACCACAAGACUGAGGAGUCCGAGAAAGCAGCAGCCUCUGUGUUGGCAAUUGAGGGUCCUAAGGAGAAAGGGAAGGCGGAGGAGGAAAAGGAGGAGGGUGAACUGAAACCUCCGCCAUCGCUGUCAGAAAUAAUGCAAAUGAGAAUUGAAGCGAACAAACUCCUGCUUAAAGACCCACAUGACUUAGCUGCGAAAAAGAUAUUGCACGAAGCUCAGAUAUUAAUGAAUCAGUGGCAGUCUUCUACUGUCCGAAAUGCUGGAGGACGUUACACUGGCGCCCCACUGACCACACCUCUACCAAAAGAGCUGCUUGACAGCCAUCACCCUCUCACCUGGGCUAGAAAGGACAUGUUCAUGAACCUUGCUCCGUUAACAGAGAGUCCGGGGAUUGCGAUGAUGAUGAAGAUGGGCUGGAGUUCGGGACAGGGUCUGGGAAAAGAGGGUACCGGUGAUGUGAACCCUCUUCAACUGGCUGUGAAAACCGACCGCAAAGGAUUGAUGACGGGACAAGAGGUUAUAAAGAAAAACCCAGCAGCAGAAAGAGGAGCGAAUGUUGUGGGCUGUAACUGGGUGCUCAAGAUUGUGAAUGGUAAGCAUGCAGUAUCUGGACUAGGGGAGAUACACCAGCACAUAGGGAGACCUUGUCCGGAGUACAUAGACCACCCCUCCACUGGAGUCCACCAGAUAACUGCUAAAACAGCCUGGGGUCAGUUCAUUCCUCCUUCCGUGGCACCAAGCAAGAAGGAAUCUAAAGGAAGAGCUGCUCUAUGGGCUUUAAAAAAGAUUUUAGCGAUAGAAGCGGACAAGUACAAUCAGACGUGUCCAGAGGAAGCUCCCACAUCAACUGUCAUGUCCAUCCUCUUCAAGACCACCACCCCUGGUCAGAACGCCAAGUACAACGCCAACUUCAACGACCCAAACAAAGUUUAUAUCGAUGUCAAGAACGUAUCGGCCGCCUUGGCUCAGGAAAAUGCAGUUCAACAUGCUGCUGCUCGACCAAGCUUGCCCCCGGGGAUACCUCACCUCAGACCACCCGCCCAACAUGGGGGGGCCGCUCACCACAGACCUCAACAAACACCUUGUUCUAAUACAGGGACCUCACAUCAGGCAUCCAUUGCUAGUCUCAUCUCCUCUCAGAGGAUAGCUGCUGAGAACUUGUCAAACAGACCUCCUGUCCGGAGAGAGCCUCUAAUGGCAGUUUCAGAACACAGACUUCCUAUCAGACAACCUCGACCUAGAGGUCCACCUCCAUCUCGGUUUGGGGGCCCUUCUCCAUCCCGACCCCGAGGUUCACCUCCAGCCCCACCUCGAAUGGGUGGCCCGCCGUCUCGACUAGGCGGCCCUCCUCCUCGAAUGAGUGGCCCUCCCCCGCCUCGACUAGGCGGCCCUCCUCCACCUCGAAUGGGUGGCCCUCCCCCACCUCGAAUGGGUGGCCCUCCCCCACCUCGAAUGGGUGGCCCUCCCCCACCUCGAAUGGGUGGCCCUCCCCCACCUCGAAUGGGUGGCCCGCCCCCGCCUCGACUAGGUGGCCCACCGCAACCUUAUCAACCAGCCAGACCACCUUUACCCCGAUCUAGCGCCUCUACCCCUCCAAUGAUACCAGGAGCUAAACCUAUUCAAGGUAACAUCCAACAGAUGAUCGCUAUGGCAACCAAGAUCACUGGUCACAUGAGACCCCCACCUCCUCGCUGAGAUCAGUUUUAUAUUUAUUCUGUCAUCUCAGGGAUCUUUGAUGAUAAGUUUGUCACUGAUUGAAAUAGCAGAUGUUUUAACAAACUUUAUUUGAUGGUCUAGGUUGUUAUUUGAUUUUUUUAAAUAUUUUUCAUUCAUUAAAUCUACUCCAUGCAAGAGAGUGAAUGAUAAUAUGUGACACGUCCAGUGAAAUUUGAUUUACCGGGUGAUUUUUAUUUUGUGAUCAUGUAUGUGAUGAAGUUUUAUGUUAUACACUCCUGGUAAUUCUGCGGAUAAACUGUCGGUUUAUCAUAGUAGCAUCUAAAUUAUUUACGUUUUACUUUGAUCCAUGAUUAAAAGAAAAACAACAACUUUCGAUUGCAAGCUUUUGAA